AUGACUUCGAGGUACUGGGUGGUGUCUCUACCAGUGAAGGACUCUGCUACUACGUUGUGGAAUGGUUUACAGGAGCAGAUCUCCAAGCAUUCCUUUGACACUCCAGUUUAUCGGUUCAACAUUCCUAAUCUUCGGGUUGGAACCUUAGAUUCUCUGCUCGCUCUCGGUGAUGAUCUGCUAAAGUCAAACAGCUUUGUGGAAGGAGUUUCGCAGAAGAUCAGGAGACAGAUUGAAGAAUUAGAGAGGAUUUCUGCUGUGGAGAGCACCGCUCUUACAGUUGAUGGAGUUCCUGUUGAUUCUUAUCUCACUAGGUUUGUGUGGGAUGAAGCUAAGUACCCGACAAUGUCACCUCUGAAGGAGGUUGUGGGCAAUAUUCAGUCUCAGGUUGCAAAGAUUGAGGAUGAUCUCAAGGUUCGUGUUGCUGAAUAUAACAACGUCCGUGGUCAACUCAAUGCCAUCAACCGAAAGCAAAGUGGAAGCUUAGCUGUUCGUGACCUCUCAAGCUUGGUUAAGCCAGAUGAUAUUGUCGCGUCAGAACAUCUCGUGACUCUCCUUGCAGUUGUGCCAAAGUAUUCCCAAAAAGACUGGCUAGCGUGUUAUGAGACAUUGACCGAAUAUGUGGUUCCUAGGUCGUCGAAGAAAUUGUUUGAGGAUAACGAGUAUGCUCUUUACACCGUCACUCUCUUUACUCGUGUUGCAGACAACUUCAGGAUAAGUGCCCGUGACAAAGGGUAUCAAGUUCGUGAUUUUGAGCACAGCGUCGAAGCACAAGAGACUCGCAAACAAGAGCUAGAAAAGUUGGUUCAGGAUCAGGAAAGUUUGAGAAGCUCUCUUUUGCAAUGGUGCUACACCAGCUAUGGGGAGGUUUUCAGCUCAUGGAUGCAUUUCUGUGCUGUGCGUGUAUUCGCUGAGAGCAUAAUGAGAUAUGGUUUACCUCCGGCUUUCUUGGCAUGUGUCUUAUCUCCGGCUGUGAAAAGUGAAAAGAAAGUACGCUCCAUUCUUGAACGCAUGUGUGAUUCUACCAACAGUUUAUACUGGAAAAGCGAGGAGGAUGCAGGAGUUGGAGGAGCCAUGGCUGGUUUAGCCGGUGACUCGGAGACGCAUCCUUAUGUCUCCUUCACAAUCAACCUUGCUUAA